AUGGCGUUUUCCCUAGUCAUCUACCUGCACCUGGUCAUACUGACGUGGGGAGUUGUGAUGCAAGAGGACAAGCCCAGGACGGCGGAUUAUUACUUGAACAGAUGCAUUUUCUUGCCGACAAAAUUCAGCAAGACAAGACCAUCACCAGAACCGGAGCUCGAGUCUACUAUUAUGGCGGCAACGCUCACUGGUAUCGUCUGCCUCGCCUUCCUGGUUCUUGGACAGUUCGUGGAAGCAGAGGCACGACUGUCAGCAGAAGAUUACUUGAACAUGUGUAUUAGAUUACCAAAUGAGUACAGCAAAGGAAGGCCGUCGCCUGAACCGGAUCUGGAGUGCAUUCGUUACCGAGACGGAUCCUGCUGCAAGCCAAACAUGACCACAAGUUUCCUAGAGGACCACCAGUGGAUGAACAUGACGGAUUAUGGUCACUGUCCACAGAAACCGCGUCUGUCACCGGAGUGUGAAAGAUUGACCCAUGACGAAAUGUGCUUCUUUGCUUGUUCGCCAAACUCCGGCCCAUGGAUUGUGAGAGGGAAAGAAUACCCGUAUAGUGACCGUUAUAAUCAACUGCCUGUGUGUGCCAGCCAAUGUGACAAAUGGUGGAACGCUUGCAAGGAGGAGUACACGUGUCACAGAAACUGGUUCACUGACCCUGCCUGGGACGCAAAUGGUAUGAACAUGUGCCCAAAGGACGCGGUGUGUAAGAAAUAUACUGAGGUGUACACGUCAGCUGCUGAUUUCUGCAACACCAUUUGGGAUGGCGGAUAUCACGUGGUACCGGACACUGAACCCUGCAUGGAGUUUAGUUUCGAUCCAGCAAAACCAAAUCCUAACGUCCCUGUGGCUCGAGCUGCUGCCGAGAAAAAGGCCGCUGUGUCUGGGGCUUCCGGAUUGAAGAUGUAUUCCCCGUCAGGGCUUUUUGUUCUCUAUACGCUGUUCUUACUUUGCACCGCCUCUACGCUUUUUUUACAUGUAGCUUCAAAAAUGCACCUCUGUAGCGAGUGACGAGGUCAAACAAA